AUGUCAUCCAGUGGACUUUUAACCUUACGCGGCCUAACAUGCAAGUGCCUGGUAAGUAUGGGUGUGUUCGUAAAAUACAUUCCAAAACAGCUUUCAAGAACAUACGCGUCUCGUCCAUCUCUCAAUGAAGUGGUCAUUGUUAGUUCGGCCCGCACUCCCAUGGGCUCCUUCAAGGGCAGUCUGGCAGCUGUUUCGGCAACAAAAUUGGGCUCUGUUGCAAUUAAAGGGGCAAUCGAUCAAGCAGGAAUAAAACCUGAAGAUGUGAAUGAGGUCUACAUGGGAAAUGUGCUCCAAGCAGGAGAAGGGCAAGCACCCACCAGACAAGCCUUGCUUGGAGCAGGUUUGACGCUUGGCACUCCAGCAACGACCAUCAACAAAGUUUGUGCCUCUGGGAUGAAGUCAAUCAUGAUGGCAGCCCAAAGUCUAAUGUGUGGGCACCAGGAUGUCAUGGUGGCAGGAGGUAUGGAGAGCAUGUCCAAUGUGCCUUAUGUCAUGGCUAGAGAAACGCCGACCUACGGUGGUGUUAAAAUGGAAGACCUUAUUGUGAAGGAUGGACUCACUGAUGUCUACAAUAAAUUCCACAUGGGCAACUGCGCAGAGAACACUGCUAAGAAGAGCAACAUCACUAGAGAGGAGCAAGACAGCUAUGCAAUCAACUCCUACACACGCAGCAAAGCUGCAUUCGAGUCAGGAGUGUUGGCCAAGGAAAUUGUUCCAGUUAGCAUCCCACAAAGAGGGAAACCUGAUGUGGUCGUGUCUGAGGAUGAGGAGUGGAGACGAGUGGAUUUCAGCAAAGUUCCCAAACUAAAAGCAGUGUUUCAGAAAGAAAAUGGUACAGUGACUGCUGCCAAUGCAAGCACUCUGAAUGAUGGAGCUGCUGCCCUUGUAUUAAUGACAGCCGACGCUGCAAAAAGACAUAAUGUCACUCCACUGGCCAGGAUUGUAUCUUUUGCUGAUGCAGCUGUUGCACCUAUUGAUUUCCCCAUUGCUCCUGCAUUUGCUGUGCCAAAGGUUCUGGAUGCAGCUGGGUUAACGAAAGAUGAUAUCGCCAUGUGGGAAAUCAACGAGGCCUUCAGUGUGGUUGUUCUGGCCAACAUCAAAAUGCUGGAUAUCGACCCUGAAAAAGUGAAUGUCAACGGGGGAGCUGUGUCACUGGGACACCCCAUUGGGAUGUCAGGUGCAAGAAUUGUGGGUCACAUGGUUCAUAACCUCAAGUCCGGCCAGUAUGGUCUAGCAGGUAUCUGCAAUGGAGGUGGUGGAGCCUCCUCGAUUAUCAUCCAGAAGUUCUAG